AUGGCUGCCGCCGGCGCAGCGGCUUUCGGCAUCAAGGAGUAUAAGGAUAAGAAAGAUCGCGAGAAGCGCGAACGCAAGUCUAGAGAGCGACAGCCGUCGCGAGAUGAGUACGAUGACGGCUAUGACCGCCGCGAACGCCGUGAUGAUAGGCCCUCUUCACCCCCGCAUGCCUCCGGAGGUGCCUAUUAUCCUCCCUACCCGACGACGCCCGGCACUGCAGGUCCUGGGGAUUAUCAUCCUUACGGCGAUCCAGCUGCUGCCCAGUCGCACGAAUAUCAGCCCUACGUCCCCCAAGACUACAUGGGCUAUGCACCUCCGCCACCACCCGGUCCGCCCCCGGCCCCCGUUCCUGGGCCGAUGACUGGAUACCCACCGGAGCCGCCCGGACCACCGGGACCUCCUGGCCCGCCUCCAAGUGGUCCUCCAGGCCCAACCGCUGGGCCCAGCAGGCCACCCGAGCAUGUGAGUUACCAUACCCAAGAUGCAGAUAUUGCAGAACCUUCAGAGGCCGUUGUAAAUACUUCCCCUAAUGACGUCGGUCCGAAGAAACCACCAGCAGCGGCGAAGUCGGUGUCUUUUAUUCCAAUGUCGCCCAAGAGCUCGCAUACAAUGGAAAUGCACCGGCGACAACAAGAGCAGGCCGUCGCUGGAGACACCUCAUCUCAAGAGGAUUACGGCACUCCAGGUGUCUAUGAUGGGCGUGUUGCUCAUCACCGUCGCUCCUCAGACACUACUCAUGAUCGUCCGCGUGGUCGUGGUAGCCAUGACUCCGGCUCAGAGGAAGAAGUGGAAGAUUUACCCGACCGGUUCGAUUCGCACGGCCGAUCACUAGAUGGACGCUCUGCCAGUCAUCAUCGGUGGACGAGCCGAUCUGGCGCUUUUCGGCGUGAGCCACAACGAGCAGAUGACUGGGACGUACAGGGAGUAUGGCAUGUAGGUGGCACCAACAACGAGGCUGUCGAACGCCUGGCGCACGGCGUAACGAAUGCUCUUGACGGCCGCGGAAGCUGGAUGCAGGUCAUUGGAGAGGUGCUUGCUGGUGGAGCGCUCGGCGCUAAUCCGAACGCUCAAGAACAGCAGCCGAGGUUAGAAGGUGGACGGGACGGAGGCCGAGAGGAGGAAAGAAGCAGACGAAGACGAAGAGAAUGA